GCUGAUGACGAUCCCCUUUGUCACGUGACACUGUUGUUUUGGUCCGAGUCCAUGUGCAUUAGCCCAUUUCCAGACAAAAUGGCAAGGAACGAAGAGAAACAACAAGGGCGAUUGAAUAGACUUUGGCUUCAGAAAGAGAGAGAAGAAGGCCGAAUUAAAGAUGCACAUGCCCCCAGACCCAAACUGUCUACUCUUAAUUCUGCCUCCUCUGUGAAAAAGUGGAUCCCCAGCAUUAAGAGUGAAAUAGAGUAUUACUUGCAGCAGUCACAGCUCAUCCACUACCCCGAGAGGAAAAUUGCAGAGUUUCAGUUCUGCAUCAAGGAGUUGGAGCACGAGUAUAAGCGCUUUGUCGUCAAACUGCGUGCUCUUGACCCCACCUGUAAACACAAACCAUGGACCCCUCGGGCCUACAGCAGGAAGAGAGCAGACAUGUGGGACACUCUGCCCACCACCAUUAAGAAGCAACGCUGUGGUUGGUUGGAGGACACCAGUGGUUCAGUGAGCGGAGUGGAAAUGGACCCGGCCAGCAAAAAUGGAAGCAACAAGUCUUUAUCCAAAGAGGGAGAGGAUCAUAUGAGCCUACCAGAGGCCAAACUCAACCCUAUUGCAGAAAGCUCAGAGCCGGUCUGUGUUGACCAGGAUCUGCCCCUGUCAUUCAACCGCACACGCCUUGCAGUGGCAGUUGCUGGAUUUCGAGGGCCAGUAACUCAGUCGGGUGCUUCCCACACCACACAUAACCUUACCCAGGCACUGCACGCCGGCUUGCCAAACCUCUCUGGUUCCCUCCUGGGCCAGAGCCUCAGAACUCUUGGUCAAACGACCUGUGCGACUGGGGUACAUGAGACAGUGAGGGAGUCUGCUGGAAGACCUGCAGUCAUUGUUAACCAACCAACAGCAGGCCAGAGCUUCGGCAUAAAGACUACAGAGGGGCUACCAGAGACAUUGAGUGACAUCGGGGCAAAGGCAGAGAGAAUUGGCCAUGUCCUCCUGGGGCUCAGCUAUUACUCCUCUUCAGAUGAGGAGUCUGACACAUGAUUUAUGCCAAUAUGAAUCCGUUCUUGUGUUGUGUCUUUUUUCCUACCGCCCCUUGAAUCAUUAUUAACUUGUAUAAAAUAAACUGAUUUUCCUCUAUGGUGGUAA